UCUUCAUCGCAAGGAUUACCCCUCAAGCUAGCUGUGCUCCCUCCGACCCGUUUUCUUUAUGUUCAUGCGUUUUUGGCUGCGCUGAAACAUGCCCCGCUCAUUUUUGGUGAAGAAAAUCAAACUCGAUGAUUUCUCUUCAUCCAACGCGACUCACCAUCAGCACCCGGACGACGCGUUGGCUCUGGCGCGCUCCAUCACGGACUCGGUGACCAGCCUCGGCGUCCGUCUCAGCGAGAAUGGCUACAUCCAGGAUUACAUCACGCCAUCUGCGUACCGGGGGGAGAAGAAGAUGGAGCACAAGCCGGUGUCGGACCCGCUGUACACCCACGUGAGCAGCGGCGGCGGCGAGUACUGCGAGCCCGACCUGAAGCACCCCGACAGCCCCCAGUCGGGCAUGACCGCCAGCGGCUUCUACAGCGGCGAGUCGGAGGCCCUGGACGAGGGCUACGCCAUGGAUGCCUUCUUCAUCUCGGACGGGCGCUCCAGGAGGAAGGGCGACGGCGGCGAGGGCCACGACGACGGGGCUGCCGGUGACGCCGGCGUCCUGCGGGGCAGCCAUGCCGCCACCGCCGCCGCCCCGCAGGACGCUCGCCACGCCUGCAAUGAGUGCGGCAAGACCUACGCCACCUCCUCCAACUUGAGCAGACACAAGCAAACGCACCGCAGCCUGGACAGCAAGAUGGCCCGCAAGUGUCCCACCUGCAGCAAAGUCUACGUGUCCAUGCCAGCCUUGGCAAUGCACAUCCUCACCCACGACCUCAAGCACAAGUGCGACGUGUGCGGCAAGGCCUUCAGCCGCCCGUGGCUCCUCCAAGGCCACACGCGUUCCCACACGGGCGAGAAACCCUUCGCUUGCGCCCACUGCGGCAAAGCCUUCGCCGACCGCUCCAACCUCCGCGCCCACAUGCAAACGCACUCUGCCUUCAAGCUCUACCGAUGCAAGCGCUGCAAUAAGACCUUCGCUCUCAAGUCCUACCUAAACAAGCACUACGAGUCAGCUUGCUUCAAGGGGUCCGCCGACGACGAAGACGACUCGGGGUCGGACGACUGAGGAGGAUGC